ACCGCCCGGCCCUUCCGCCCCGCCGCUUCCCCGCUGCCCGCAGCCGCUCCGCACCGCCCUCGCGCGGCCGGCGGCGCUCCCUGCACCCAGCUCGGCGGUUGCCUUCUCCGGGCCGGGCUAUCUAUGGGGCGAACGGCGAUGCCAUGAAGCCGGCGGAGAACGGCAGCGGGGCGAACGCCGCGCGCGGGCAGCGGGGCUCCUCCAUGGGCGUUCGGCCGCUGUAGGAGCGCCGAGUGCGCGGGGCGCGAUCCGCCACCUCCCCUCCCCCUCGGGCCUCCUGAGGAGGAUGGCGACGGCGGCCGCCCCGACCCAGCUGGAAGCCGAGCUCUAUUACCUGAUCGCCAGGUUCCUGCAGUCCGGACCCUGCAAGAAAUCCGCCCAGGUGCUGGUGGAGGAGCUGGAGGAGCACCAGCUGAUCCCCCGGCGCCUGGACUGGCAGGGCAAGGAGCACCGCCGCAGCUUCGAGGACCUGGUGGCUGUCAAUGCACACAUCCCUCCGGAUUAUCUUCUUAGGAUCUGUGAGAGACUCGGACCGCUUUUAGACAAGGAAAUCCCACAGAGCGUCUUAGGUGUGCAGACCUUGCUGGGUGUUGGGCGGCAAUCUCUGUUAAGGGCAGCAAAAGAUUUCAGACACACACUAUGGAAGGGAUCAGCAUUUGCAGCUCUUCACAGAGGCCGGCCUCCCGAACUACCUGUAAAUUAUGGGAAACCACCAAACGUGGUAAAUAUUCUUUCUGCACGGCAAUUAACUGGAUGUGGACGUUUCAGCCACUUGUUCCCAACAUCCACCUACCAACAGAUGAAGAUGCACAAGAGGAUAUUAGGGCAUCUAUCUUCUGUUUAUUGUAUAGCCUUUGAUCGCAGUGGGAGAAGAAUUUUUACAGGGUCAGAUGAUUGCUUGGUCAAAAUCUGGGCUACAGAUGAUGGGCGCCUGCUCUCAACGCUGCGAGGACACUCGGCUGAGAUUUCUGACAUGGCUGUUAACUAUGAGAACACGCUGCUUGCAGCAGGCAGUUGUGAUAAGAUUGUCAGAGUGUGGUGUCUUCGAACCUGUGCCCCAGUCGCAGUCCUGCAGGGCCAUUCUGCUUCCAUUACUUCUAUACAGUUCUCUCCAGCAAGAAAAGGCACAACACGAUACCUCACUUCUACUGGUGCUGACGGAACAAUCUGUUUCUGGCAGUGGCAUGCUAACACCAUGAAGUUUAAGGAUCGCCCUGUGAAAUUUGCGGAGAGGUCCAGGCCUGGUGUUCAGAUAUCUUGUUCAUCUUUCAGUUCUGGUGGCAUGUUCAUUGCAACAGGUAGUACUGACCACGUGAUAAGAAUAUAUUAUUUGGGCUCAGAGUCUCCAGAGAAAAUGGCUGAGUUGGAAUCUCACACGGACAAAGUUGUCGCAGUCCAGUUCUGUAACAAUGGAGACAGUUUAAGGUUUGUCAGUGGAAGCAGAGAUGGAACGGCAAGAGUAUGGCAAUAUCAUCAGCAAGAAUGGAAGAGUGUAGUCCUGGAUAUGGCGACUAAAAUGACAGGAAACAAUGUAGCAUCUGGGGAGGACAAGGUGACUAAACUGAAGGUUACGAUGGUGGCUUGGGAUAGAUAUGAUGCCACUGUCAUCACUGCAGUCAACAAUUUCCUUCUCAAAGUGUGGAACUCAUCCACAGGGCAGCUUCUUCAUAGUUUAUCUGGUCAUGAUGAUGAAGUUUUUGUUCUGGAGGCCCAUCCAUUUGACCAAAGGAUUGUACUUUCCGCGGGUCACGAUGGAAAUAUUUUCAUUUGGGAUAUAGACAAAGGAACAAAAAUUCGUAAUUACUUUAACAUGAUUGAGGGCCAAGGCCAUGGAGCUGUUUUUGAUUGCAAGUUUUCACCAGAUGGACAGCAUUUUGCCUGCACAGACUCUCAUGGACAUCUGCUGCUAUUUGGUUUUGGAUGCAGUAAAUAUUAUGAAAAGAUUCCAGAUCAGAUGUUCUUCCAUACAGAUUACCGACCACUGAUCCGUGAUGCAAAUAACUAUGUUUUGGACGAACAGACUCAGCAGGCUCCACAUCUUAUGCCUCCUCCAUUUCUGGUGGAUGUUGAUGGAAAUCCUCAUCCCACGAGAUUCCAGCGGCUGGUACCAGGGAGAGAAAAUUGCAAGGAUGAGCAACUUAUUCCUCAGCUGGGUUAUGUAGCUAAUGGUGAUGGUGAAGUAGUUGAACAAGUCAUUGGACAGCAAACUAAUGACCAAGAUGAGAGUAUCCUUGAUGGGAUGAUCAGAGAGCUACAAAGGGAGCAGGAUCUGAGACUAAUCAAUGAAGGAGAAACUCUUCCAAACCCUCCACUCAAUAGAUCUCACUCUGUUAAUGGAGCUCUUCGAAGUCCAGCCUUGGAAAUUGCAUCUCCACCGAAUGUUGGUCUCCGGAGAAGCGGUCAGAUUGAAGGGGUCCGGCAAAUGCAUCACAAUGCUCCCCGAAGUCAAAUGGCAACAGAGAGAGAUCUCAUGGCAUGGAGCAGAAGAGUAGUAGUGAAUGAGCUUCCUCCAGGCAUCAGCAAGGUCCAGGAAGAAUGUCGAGCUGCUAAAGGUGAAAUUGAAAUUGGAUUAUACACUGUUGAAAAGAAGAGAAAGCCAUCCCAUACCUUACAACGGAAUGAUUACCAGUCAGGAAGUGGAAGAUCUUUGAGAAGGAACCAGCGCAAACGCCAGCAUGCAUACCAGACCCGCUCCACAAUAGAGCACAGUCAGCAAGGAGCAAAUCAAAACUCACGUGCACAGGAAGAGUCGGACAGCUCCUCAGAGGAAGAUGAGACAGUUGGCACAAGUGAUGCAUCUGUGGAUGAUCCUGUGGCAACAUGGCAAAGUGACAGCAGCUCCAGUGAUUCAUCAAGUGAAUAUUCUGACUGGACAGCAGAUGCUGGAAUUAAUCUCCAGCCUCCAAAGAGACAAACGAGGCAGGCAGCUCGGAAAAUCUGUAGUAGUUCUGAAGAUGAAAAUUUGAAGGGAACAAAAGGAGUGGAGCAAAAACGAAGGAAACUAAAGCAACCUAGAAAAAAGAAACCAAGUGGACUGCUUUCAAUGGAAGGGGAGCCCAGUGAGGAGUGGCUGGCCCCGCAGUGGAUCUUGGAUACCAUACCCCGCCGCUCACCUUUUGUCCCUCAAAUGGGAGAUGAGAUCAUAUACUUCAGGCAAGGCCAUGAAGCUUACGUGCGGGCAGUAAGGAAAGCAAAAAUUUACAGUAUUAACAUGCAAAAACAACCAUGGAACAAAAUGGAACUCAGGGAACAAGAAUUUGUGAAGACUGUAGGAAUUAAAUAUGAAGUUGGGCCCCCUACACUUUGCUGCUUGAAGCUUGCAUUCCUAGAUCCAAUCACAGGCAAAAUGACAGGAGAAUCAUUUUCCAUUAAGUAUCAUGAUAUGCCAGAUGUUAUUGACUUCCUUGUGCUGCAUCAGUUUUAUAAUGAAGCCAAAGAGAGGAACUGGCAAAUAGGGGAUAGAUUUCGCAGUAUAAUAGAUGAUGCUUGGUGGUUUGGAACUGUGGAGAGUCAGCAGCCUUUUCAGGCAGAAUACCCUGAUAGCUCCUUUCAGUGCUACUCUGUUCACUGGGACAAUAAUGAAAGAGAGAAAAUGAGUCCAUGGGACAUGGAGCCAAUUCCAGAAGGAACUGCUUAUCCAGAGGAGGUUGGUGCUGGAGUUCCUGUGACUCCAGAUGAGCUGACAGCUCUUCUCUACAAACCCCAGGAAGGAGAAUGGGGGGCCCAUUCCAGAGAUGAAGAAUGUGAACGAGUAAUUCGGGGGAUUGAGCAACUUCUUUCUCUUGACAUUUCUAAUCCCUUUGCUGUUCCAGUGGACCUUAGUGCCUAUCCCAUGUAUUGCACUGUAGUUGCUUAUCCAACUGACCUCACCACAAUCAGGAGGAGACUUGAAAACAGGUUUUAUAGGAGAAUCUCUGCACUGAUGUGGGAGGUACGAUACAUUGAACACAAUGCCAGGACUUUCAAUGAGCCAGACAGUCCUAUAGUCAAAGCAGCCAAAAUCGUAACAGAUGUGUUACUUCGUUUCAUUGGGGAUCAGAGUUGUACGGAUAUAUUAGAUAUAUAUAAUAAGGUGAAAGCAGAAGACCUGAGCAGUACUGAUGAAGAGGAAGAGGUGGCAGAAGUAGAUGUAGAUUCAGAUGCUCCAGGAACUUCCUCUGGAAAACGACGACAGGUAAGACGACGAAUAAAAAGACAGCCUGUGAAAGGAAGUCCUGAUGCUUGGAAAGAGCAAUGCAAGCAGUUGUUAAACCUGAUUUAUGAAAGAGAGGACUCUGAGCCUUUCAGACAGCCAGUUGACCUCUUCUCCUAUCCUGAUUACCGAGAUAUUGUUGACACUCCUAUGGACUUCAGCACUGUGAAAGAAACCUUGGAAGCAGAGAAUUACACCAGUCCCUUGGAAUUCUACAAAGAUAUUCGUUUAAUAUUCUGCAACUCUAAAGCUUACACUCCUAAUAAAAAGUCUCGAAUCUACAGCAUGACACUUCGACUAUCUGCCUUAUUUGAAAAUCAUAUGAAGAAUAUCAUCUCUGAGUACAAGUCAGCAAUGCAAUGCCAGAAGAGGAAAAGGCCCCGGUACCGAAAACGACUAAGAAGCAGCAGCAGUUCACCGUCAACUAGCAGAGCCUCUAGUCCAAAAGGGAAACAGAAGCAAAUGAAGAUUCAACCUAAAACCAACCUGAAUACCUCAUUGCCUUUGACUAGGACCAGCUCUUCAGUUUCAUCUCAUGUUUCAGAUACAACAGAGGAACCUCUGGGUUCAGCCACUGGUGAAGAUGUGGAAGUCCAGCCAUCUUCCUCAGGCUCAAAUGCACAGAAUCGAAGUGGAAAUACCAUUGAUCCAGGGAAAAUUAAACCAAUCAGAAGUAAACUGACACCAGUGAAACAAGAUCACUCUCCUGAUGGACCACUUACAAAUGGUGAUGGCAGAGAACCUCGGACAGGAGUGAAGAGGAAGCUAAUAAGUGCAUCAGAAGAUGAGCAUCUAGAGGAGGGAGAGGCAGAGGAAGAAGAAGAGAAAAGAGAAAUAAAGGAGAAAUCUGGUUUGUCUUCAUCAGAAAGUGGGGAAUCAGGAUCUAGUUCAAGUUCUGAAAGUAGAAGUGGUUCUGAUUCAGACUCUGAAUCAACAUCUAGAACAGAUCAGGAUUACAUUGAUGGAGACCACGACUACAGCAAAGUUGUGCAAUCCAAAAAACCCAAAAGAAAAAUCAAAAGAAAAUUCACCAGUGGGAAAAGGACCUGGCAGAGCAGAGGGACAGGGAGGAGAGGUAGAUGGGGAAGGUGGGGGAGAUGGAGCAGAGGGGGAAGAGGCGGUAGAGGUGGAAGAGGCUGUGGCAGAGGAAGAAGAGGUGGUGGCAGGGGUGGAAGAAGAGGCCGAGGAGGCAGAGGAGCCUCACGAGGAGCCACCAGAGCAAAACGUGCCCGAAUUACAGAUGAUGAAUUUGAAACUCUGUUUGGAGGACAAUUCGGUGAAAAUGUGUUUGGAGGCCGAUUCAGUAGAGCACCUCGAAUCAGAACGAGGAAUGAGGGUAGAAGAACCGUCCUGUAUAACGACGAUUCUGAUAAUGACAAUUUUGUGCACACCGAGGAUCCUUUGAACCUUGGUACUUCCAGGUCAGGCAGGGUGCGGAAAAUGACAGAAAAAGCCAGGGUCAGCCAUCUCAUGGGAUGGAAUUAUUGACAGAUGAAAAACUUUGGAACAAUUUUUAAAAGAACUUCAAUGGCCUUCUACUGCAGGGAUUUUACCAGAAAAUCUACCAAGCAAGUUGUGCGGGGACUCCACUCACGUUUCACAGUGGUGCUUUUCCAUUAUGUCAGUUUGCGUUUGUUUUAAAACUUUAGAUCUCCACACUUCAUUGGUCAAAGCAAGCCUUAUUCAUUAGGCCUUAAAUUACAGAAAUUCUUCCCCACACACUACGAGUUCAUCGCAUUAAAGAGGCUUCCAGCUUCUCAAUAAGAACGUGACAUUUUGAAUCAUGGUUAUGACUUCUCUCCCUUGUUUUGUUUUUGUAUUAUAGAAAUAGCACCUUCUUACAGAGUUUUUAUGUGGUUUUUGCCAUAAAUCCUUAUACACAGUAAUAAUUAUAACUUUUGCACAAUACACCAAUCCUAAAGGCAGCUAUAAAAUGUUUACAGUUUCUAUAUUGUAAGAAGGAUCUGGAUUGUUUUAAUCUUCCCAGGCCAAACAGUCAUGAAUUGUGCUGAACUGAAGUAUGUCUAUACUACAGUUAUGAGGGUCCUGAUGUGCUUUCUAUCGGUUCUUUAUUCGUGUAAAAAGUGACAAAGGGUUGGUGCCUUGUAAAUAUGUAGCAAACCUUUGAUGUGGUGUGUCCUAUGUGUGCAUUAACUUUAUUAAAAAGAGAAUACUUGAGAAGUAUGAAUAUCUAGACAAAAGGUGCCAAAUGCAAAAGUUACUUGCAUCUAUUUUCUUUUUGUCCUCUCAUAUUUUUAUAGUAUUAAUAGAGAUUGUGCAGCUAAGUGGUAACUUCAACAUUUGAAAGGUUCCUCCUCUUCGAAGCAUAACAUGAUUUUUAAUAGUAGCUUGGCUACCUCUAUUCACAACUACUGGAAAUUUAAAAGAAAAUAGAUGCUAUUAUUCAGUACGUGUUGAAGAAGUACUGGCAAGAAGGAGCUGUAGAAGGAUGGAAUUGUUCACCGAGUUGUGUAGUAAAGAUAUCUUUAUUGACACAAUGAAAACAAAUCUAAGUAAUUAUCAGAGGUUUCAGAAGCCUAACGUUUUCAGCAGAUGGCAAUUUGUUUGUGCAGAUAGCCCAACUGUUUCCCAUACAAUUCUGCUGCCACUUACUCAGUGCAAAUCUGUGUUUGUUUUAGUUUGUCCCUUGAAGCUGCUGGGGAAGCAGAAUGGAGCUCUGGUGGCUGGCAGUACUGGGAAGUUGCUGUUCCAUCCUCCACACGAACUCUGGUAUCUCAAGCUUCCAGAAGCAAAUUCAUGUUGCACUGUAUUGUUGUGACACUGCAGAAUGCUAACUUGAAGUCAGAAUCAUUUUGGUGGUAGUAGUAGUAGUACAGUGUGUGAUGAUACGAGGGAAACGUAGAGGCUUUUCUGUGGGUGCAGACCCAGCAGCCAGGAGCAGGCGCUUUGUGUGGGCUGAGCUAGUGGUGGCAGCCUCUUUGCUCAGCAGGGUCUGCUGGAAUGCAUGUGGAACUUCGGUUUCUCCUGUUGUCUAAAAGAAUCUGACAGUUCCAGCUCGGUUGGGUGAGUUAGAUUGCACUGAGAGAAGAAAAGGAAAGAAAGAGAUUGUACGUUUUUGGUGGAGUUUUUCAAUAUUCUUUUUAAAAACAAAACAAAACAAACAAAAAUUUUCAUCCAAUAUCCGUAAGUUCUUCUGUGCACGGCUUGGUCAAUGAUUCUGGAAAACCUCAGGCAGCAAAGAGUGACCCAUGUAUAUUCUCAGAUGCAGAAAGAAUAUAGUUUUUGCCUUUCUAUAUUGAACACUGUCUAUUUUAUCUCGCUUUCCAGAACCUCUAGUUAGAAACAAAAUGACUUGAAAAAAAGCAAAGGUUUAGUUUUGUGAUGGAGGAAAGUAUAUCCUAAAUUGCUCAGAGCAUUAGUAUGACUUAAUGGUUCAGCAGAAAAAUCUACUUUAUCAACUGUUUUGAAUCAGCCAUAAUCUGUUUCUGAACUUAAUUCAGUUCUGUCUUGGUGGAAAUACAGUGCAGACACUGCUAGUUCUGUACUGGGCUUUAAAAUAUAAAUACCUGUCCUAUCAUCUCUCUCUCAUUUUAUAUAUAUAU